AUGGAAUGGAAAACAGUUUUUCUUUCACUAACCCUUAUCGGUGGUGUGCUUUCUAACGCCUACAACCAAUCCGAAGAUUCUGAGCUUAAACGACUCUCACGACGGAAACGAUUUUUGCUCUUUCCACCAGGCGCAAACAUUUUGAUAACGUCCUCUUUCGGUAAAGGAUUGGUGUUCCGGGGUCCUGCCGGGUAUGUCGCAAUCGGAGAGCUCGAUCUUUACUACCCACUGCCCGACUACAAGUACCAUGCGAGUGCACUGAAGCUCGGUAAGAUAGCCAUGUAUCCACCGGAACCGAAAAAGCCAAAACCUCCGCCACCACCACCACCACCUAAGGCUCCCGAGAAAGAUGAUCACCAUCAUCAUGAUGGAGGUGAAUUGACCCCGGAAGAAGUGAAACAAUAUCUCAAGGAGCAUCCGGACACGUACGUGCCGCCGGGUUGGGGUAAGGAUCGAGCAGAUUGGAACACAAACAACCUACAGUACCAGUCGGGAUAUUGGGCCCAAGAGCGUAUUCAAAAUCCGUACCAAUAUCCAUCAAACACCUUGAAUCGUUACUUGGGCGGCUAUGAGAACCAUUCACCUGGUUACUACGGAUGGACCGAACGACCUUACGAUCGCUAUCGGAGAUCACUUCUCAAGCAGACGUUUGAUGAUGAAGAUGCGGAAGAACACGAACGCAGCAAGUGGCUUAGUGGAGAACAGUUCAAUAUAAGCCAUCACAGUAGCUGGGAACACUUCCAUCACUAUCGGGAUCGGCGGGCUCUUUUCAGUCAUCUGGAGGAAAGCAUCGGUGCAUUUACGGGCUUUCACAUGAAGGAGUGCAUCCUGAGAAGCAUUUGCGAAGCAAAGAACAUGCUGCCUCCUCCGGGACGUUCGAUGGCGAUGGACAUCUUUCGUGUGUUGUUUAGCGUGCCGCUCAACGAAGCUUUAACCGAUGACUACAGCAAGGCGAUGCGUGACGAAAGCCUCGACUGUCGGGCACGGUACGGCAAUGGAUGUCCGAUGAGUCUUCUUGACUUAAUUUUGUUCGGAAAGUUUGAGACAUAA